UGUCAGGUGCAAUAAACUCCUCCAACCAAUCCAUUUGAAUUCAUUUGAAUACACAAACUUAAGAUAAACAAGAUAAUUCUGUCUAAGACUCUUUAGGAAUUUAUUGUAAAGGUUUGGGGAUGGGAUGUUACAUCCCUACACCAACCUCACCCCCUAAAAAUAUUUUUGGUAACUAUACAAGUUGUGCAGAAACCUUAUUUUUUCAAAGAGUCAAAAUAUCAAUGAUUAGCUUAUAUUUUACCAAGUAAAGAUAGUGCAACACUUAAUGAACUGACAAGUGGAGUGACAAACCGAUACGUGUAAUAGUAUAUGGAUCGGUCACACCCGAUGCAAGCCUGGGAACCCCCUCCCUAACGUUUUUCAGCCCUCCUCCCUCCCCCUGGUAUUCAAAUGAUAGGAUUACCAAUUAAGUCACUUGAGAAAAAUGGACCAAUUAAUCUUGAGUUGACCUCGAGUAUUGGCUCAGGAGAGCCACGGGGAAAUCUUGUUUACCACUCUCGCCCCUAGAAUAAACGUAUUCAGCAACUUACAGCGAGAUACCUACAGGUCUGGAAAAGAUACAACACAUCUGACAGUGAAUGGUGCUUAAGUUUAUACAUUGGAUGUGUACAGUUUUCUUAUUGAAACGCGUAGUGUACGCACCAAGCUCAUUAGUUUAUAUUCGUAAUUAAGACACUGCAAGAGAAUAUUGAACUUUAAAUCCUAUAUAGAUCGGAAUAUUUUACAGUGCAUGAAGUAAAGUUACCCCCUCUUUAAAUGAGUUUAAUGUUAAUAUAAUGCAAGAUUAACGACAAUCUGCUCUGGGAAUUGUGAAAGAAGUCAUUACGAGAAGUGUGUCCAAGUUCUAAUUAAGAGCUGCCAUUAAGUUUUUGUGACAGACAAAUAAAGCAAGAACGGAUAGAUAACAGUAUGAGUGCCUCAAAGUAGCGAUGCAAUAAUUAAUUUGGUUAAUGUGGAUUGAUAAUUGUGAUAGCCCUAGAACGCCAUGGAACAUCAUUCAGCACCGUUCCGAUCUUUUAUCACGUCAAGCUUAUUUAGUCUGUCAAGCAGGGACGAGUUUUUUCCCAAUAUGAAAGGUUUCCAAAACUUCAGGGCAGUAAUUACGUAACAGGGAUCAAAAACGCAGGAGAAGACCGGCAGGAUUUUAACGACAUUAGAUGUAUCUAUUAAUCUGGCGAUUUGAUGUCUUUGGAAAGUGAACCAGUAAAUAUUACUGGUUUGUUUGCCUAUUUAAAGUUUGUACUGUAGCUGAACCGCAGUGUUUUAUUAUAAAAGGACAUUGGUUUCUACCACCAUUACCGUAAAUCAAUUAACGGGAUGGAAACAGAUCUUUACAUCUCAUUUGCUUUGUAAAUAUCCACGAUUGACAUAACAUUAUUGUAUUUGCUAAAAACGGACUGGAAAUUACUCGGAUAGAUCAGCGGAGCAUCACAAAGGGUUAAUAUCUGUUGCAGGAAAAAAACUUAUCAUUGAUAUUACCACCAUAACUUUGUGAGAGAAGAAAACAGUUUCCUGAAGGAUUUAAUUCGAUUUGUCAUUUAGGUGUUUGGGUUUUACACCUCUCAAAAAGUUGGGUUUUUUGCGAACAAUUGAAUGUCGAAGAAUUAACAUGGCAUCCAUGAGAACUCACAUGCGGCCGCUGCAUACGUCACUUGCGCUGUUCGGAUUAUCGCAUGGAUCGAAUUCAAGCCUUGUUGAACCCGCUAAAGCUUUUGAUGCCAAAGCAAAAAGCAAACCUCCACACUUACUGUCAAAAGUGAAGAAAGUUUACUGCGUCUUUGUUUGCUGUGUUUUAAGUCUGAACGUUCUCCGUUACAUCCCAAGCUUCUGGGUGGGGAUCGAUUUUGUCCCGCACCCCACCGCACUAAGAAUCGUGGUUCUGGUCUGGUUCAUAGAAAACGCCGUCAGCUCUAUCGUUCUCUUCGUUUUCUUUGAGAACAAGAAUCAUUUUGAGCGUUAUGUCCAACAGUACAUCACGGUGAUAAGUGACGACAUUUCAAAGUAUCUAAAAACCAACCCAGCAUGUCAGAAAGCCAAAAGAAGCAUGGUUCGAGCUCUGGUGGUCGGGUGGAUUAUAGUAAUCUUCAAUGCCGUGACAGUUGGUUUUCUGCUUUUCUCGAACCUGACGCCCGAUGUGACAGUGACCCUAUGUAACCCCCUGUCUCACAAAUCUAUACCUGUGAAGAUAUUCAUAUCCGUUCUCUUUUUGCUUUUAUCAGGAGUGUGGGUUUUCCCAGUGGUUCUCCAUUAUUCGUUAACCACUGCUAUCGAGAUACGAUUUCAGGAACUUCACGAAGUCAUUGAAAACACAGCGUUAGAAGAUUGUCCGAACAGGUUCGAGACGUUGAAGUGUGUUCGAUACAAACACUUGCAAUUAUGUAAGAUGGUGGAAACUGUGGACCAAAGUUUGAGCUACUAUGUGGCAAACGUUUAUCUGUUAAGUAUUGGAACUGCGUGCUUUUUAAUCUAUGACCUGAUUAGUAAAGUGAGCGGUGAUCCAAACAUAACAGAGAUGGUUGUCUCAUUAUUCUGGCUGGCGUGUUCUUUUAUCAUACCAUUUAUUAUCUCCAUAAAAUCUGCGAAAGUGCACGAAAAGGCCCAUGGUCUCUCUUCGUUGAUAAUGGAUGUCAAUUUGGACGGAGCUACAAUGCAGGAUCUUGCGCACAUUAACCUGUUGGUGGCCAAACUUCACGGUCCGUCCAUUGGUCUGUCAGUACUCGGUAUUAUAACCAUCACCAAGGAAAUGAUUCUAACGCAUCAUCGUUUCACCACCAAGAUAAAAAGGAAUCAUUCGACACAUAUAAAUGACGUAAUCAAGAAUAGUAACAGCAUGAAGUUAGCCAACAAAAUUAUAAUAAUUAUAUUGUUCUCAUAGUCAAACUCUGUUUAUAAACAUUUGUAUACAGAUUGUUCAAACCAAGCUUUACUAAAGAGUUCCGCACAGUAUGGAAAUAAAAUUCCUAUCAUUUAAAUGUUUGCCAUUAAUUGUAUAAAAACCAGUCAUUUAACAAUUAAAAUAACAUUGAAUUUUUUUUUUACUUCAAACGUAACAUCAAGCAUAUUGAAUUUUUUUUUUUACAUUAGUCGUACACGACAAAGUAAUUAAGCAUGUAUAUAGUAAUAAACAAUGUUCUGUUGUGACUUUGUCAUUUAUGAAAAUAUUUAUAUUUUUAAAAGUUCAGUAAUUCAUUGUAAUACUUGUUAAAAUCAUGUGCGUUUAUUUGUGUAUUAUACUCCUUGAAAUAAACACAGAUUGUUCAUCUUGCUAUAAAUAUCAUUAUAUGCAUGCGUUUAUAAGCGUUUCAUAAAGCAUUUGCACAUUUUAAAAUUUUUUUUAA